AUGAUUAUAAAAUUGAAUUGGGAACCAACAAGUGUCAACACUACCGCGAGCGGCACAAAAGGGAAUUCCGCCAAAAUUAAAUUAAAAGUCACCUUAAAGGAACCUUCCAACAGGAUGCAAGACUUCAUAGAAUCCGCUGAAGAAAGACACAGACGUACAAGCGGAGCAGUUGUGACGCACGAGUACUAA